CUCCAGGCAGUAACACCUCCUGCCCUAACCUAUUGCCAGAGUAUGAUUAAAGAGUGGGAAAAUCGCUUUCAGAGGCUCAGAAGCCAGAGAGCUGGACAUCUGAAGGCCCAGGAACGGACCCCUGCUGAGGGAGAGCAAGAUAACAGAAAGCUGUCCAAGACCUGCAGUGUCAGCUACCCCUUGAUAGUUCAAGAGGUUCCAUACCACAAAGAGGACCUCUGCACUGCAUCACCUCUGGGGAUAUGGACGGCAUUCUACAAAUCAGAUCCUCGCAUCGCCCUUGGGAAAUACUCCCCAAUGGAACAAGAGAUCCAACAUCUUGGUGGCGUUCACACUAUAGCAGCCAGGAGAUUUUUGGCUGACCAACACAAGAAAGAAUGGAAGAUGCUGAGGGAGCUACGGGCACAGUCUUCGGACUACAAAAAGGCGAAAGAAUAUAGAAGAGAGUCCUCUUCUCUGUGUUCUGCGUGUGGAUCCCAGGAGAAAAUAUGGACAGCCAAGGUGAUUCUGCCUACAGAGGAGUUCAAGAUCCCCCACCGAGAGCUGACCGACAUCAGCAAGCAUAUCAAAAGGAUACAGCUGGCACGAGCCCUGCAGAGUAAGCCGUUUUCUCCAUACAUUGAAAGGCUCCAGAAUGCCACAUUGCGGUCCGGCCCGGAACCGGGUUCCACCGCCACAGACAAAUCCAGUGAAGACGGAGAUAACUACGAGAGGGAGAGGGAUAGUUCUGAUAAAGGCAGCCAGGAGGAGAAAGGGGAGGCAGAGCUCAAACCCACCAAAACACGAGAAAUUACGAUGGACGUCAUUUUCAAGUCAGAAGAACCUAAGGGGUGUUUGAUAUGCCAUCGGAACGACCGGAAAACGUUCCUCCCUGGGAAGAGACGGGAGCGGCGCAUCACAGGCCUGACCAACAGAAACCUCUUCCCCAUCACUGGCUUUCCUGGGGACCUGAUGCUCAUGAACCAGGACUUUAUAUCACGGGGCAUUCACCCGAGUGACGCCAUUAAGAUGUACUGGCUGCCAGAAGAGGAUACCUGCAAAGUGCGCAAACACAGCGCCGCCCGCUGCCUAAUGUGAAGCUCUAGUCCCGAGCAUGCGCAAGUGUCCUGCUCUGAAUUUCUCCUGCACACCGCGUCCCCAGGUCCCUCCUCCCUGCUCUUCUCCUGAGCUCCUUGGCUUCUCCUGCUCUGUCUCCAUGGUGUCUCCAAGAUGAGACCCUGAUUCUGAAACUUCCUUGUUUCCAGCAACUCUUGAGUCUGGCCCCCCACGUCACCCCACUAUCAGAAGAUCUACUUUGUGGGCUUGUCCCCGCUGGGCAGGCUGCUUUCUUGAUCCUGGGUAGUCACUGAAAAACUGAAGUUGCCCACCAAACGCUGAGUCCUGGCACUAGGAAACAACCCAGAUGUGACAGGAAAUAGAUUCCCAGCCUCCUCCAAGGGAUCUCCUGGCUCAAUCUGAGCCUUGGGCAUAGAUAGGAACUUCAGCUUUA